AUGCCGCGCGCCCUGGCGCCCACGCCCCCGCCCGCCUCGGCUCGGGCAGAUGCCUUCUCCUUCGCCUCUCCCACGCAGGUGUUCUUCAACGGUGCCAACGUCCGGCAGGUGGACGUGCCCACGCAGACGGGAGCCUUCGGCAUUCUGGCAGCCCAUGUGCCCACCCUGCAGGUCCUGCGGCCAGGGCUGGUUGUGGUCCAUGCUGAAGACGGUACCACUUCCAAAUACUUUGUGAGCAGCGGUUCCGUCACAGUGAAUGCUGAUUCCUCGGUGCAGUUACUGGCUGAAGAAGCUGUGACGCUCGACAUGCUGGACCUGGGGGCGGCCAAGGCGAACCUGGAGAAGGCGCAGUCGGAGCUGUUGGGGGCGGCAGAUGAGGCCACGAGGGCCGAGAUCCAGAUCCGCAUCGAGGCCAGCGAGGCCCUGGUGAAGGCCCUGGAGUAGGCGGGGCCUGCCCCGUGUUGGCUGUGGCCGAGGCCCAUGCAGCGGAGGCAGCUCCCGUGGUCCAGGCUGACUUGGGGGGCAAGAGGCUGAGUGAAGCGGGCCAGACAGCCCCUAGAGCACUACUUCCCUAGGGGGAGCGGUCCUUGCUGGGAAGCCGCCAGAUGGCAGCAUAGGGCCAGCUUCUGUCCAGGGCAUCCUGCAGGGCUUUGUCCCCUCCUGCUAAAUAAACCUCAGGAACAAACCCUCAG